UGCAAAAAGAUCCAAAUCCUCCGCCUUCCCAAGGAUCAUCUGCUGGGCUGAAGGCUGCUCUCGCAGCUCUGAGCUGUGCAGCCGGUCAUGUACAAUUUAAUGUCACCCGUAGGCACAGAAAAACGGAGAUAUUCGGUAUUUGACGGCGUUACUUCUAUUUAAAAAACUGGAUUACUAGUUGGCUGCGCUGUGCGAUACUUAGUAUUUGACGUGGGUGGCGUGUUUACUAGAAAGCGCCGUGUUUUGUAGCGCUGACUCCGCACUUAAUAGUUUUCGUGUAGCAAAAUAUGGCAAAGGUUCAGGUGAACAAUGUAGUAGUGUUGGAUAACCCAUCUCCCUUUUUCAAUCCUUUUCAGUUUGAGAUUACUUUCGAGUGCAUUGAAGAUUUGCCCGAAGAUCUGGAGUGGAAAAUAAUUUACGUAGGAUCUGCAGAGAGUGAAGAGUACGACCAGGUCUUGGAUUCUGUGCUGGUAGGCCCUGUGCCUGCUGGGAGACACAUGUUUGUUUUUCAGGCUGACGCAGCAAAUCCAGGACUGAUUCCUGAUGCAGAUGCCGUGGGUGUAACUGUAGUGUUAAUAACUUGUACAUACCGAGCUCAGGAGUUCAUUCGAGUGGGGUACUAUGUGAAUAAUGAAUACACAGACCCAGAGCUGAGAGAAAACCCGCCUGUGAAGCCUGAUUUCACAAAGCUCCAGAGAAACAUCCUGGCCUCAAACCCCCGUGUCACUAGGUUCCACAUUAACUGGGAUGAUAGCAGUGAGAAAAUGGAUGAUUCAGAGAACACAAAUCCAAAUAUGCAGCCGAUUCUUCCUUCCAACAGCAUACCUUCAGCAUCAAAGGGGCUGGCAGUAACAGGAAACUCACUACAUCUCAUGUCAGACUCGCUUAUGAACUGUAUGUGACUGCCCAUCUAUGAAAGAUGCAGUCGCCAAGGUGUGUGUGUGUGUGUAUGUGUGUGAGAAAAGCUUUCAAUUUCUGUAAAUGCUCUGUCCCUUUUCAAAGGCUCUUGCUUUUUUUGUUUAAUAAAGGUUUUAAAAAACAAAUAAUGAAA